CGGGCACUGUCGGAGGGUCAGUGCUGAGGGAGCGGGCACUGUCGGAGGGUCAGUUCUGAGGGAGCGGGCACUGUCGGAGGGUCAGUGCUGAGGGAGCGGGCACUGUCGGAGGGUCAGUGCUGAGGGAUUGAUCAGGGCGGUUGCUCCGCUGCUGUCUGCCUGUGGAUAGUGGGUGUGUUGGUCCUGUCUGAGCGAUGCUGGGAGGGGAUGGGUUAACAGCAGAUUCUGAAGCCCAGGGUGUGAUAAACGUUCCCAUAGCAACUGCCCGGGGCAGGGGGUGAGCUCAAUGAGGGUCAGGCAGAGUGACCCAGUCAUAACCUCGAGCCAAAUGCCCACCAAGUCCCUUUGACCUGCCUUGAUCACACCCGACCUGUUGGCGGGGCAUGGGGGGUGGGGAGUGAGGGAGGGAGAGGGAGAGAGACAGAAUCAUGCAUCAGUAACUCUGUCAAAGACCUUUCAUUUUCACUUCUGAGUCCUUUAAGAGCCCAGGAAGCGCUCUCCACUCAUCACUCCUGCUCCGAGACAGAGCAGUCACUCCAGCUGUGACCGGCGGACAUCAUCCCGUCCCUCCUCACCCUUCGACAGCACCCCCCACCCCUGAGGUAUCUCCAGUGACAGGACAUAGCCACUGGCCCAUCGCUGCUCGCUGUGAACUAUAUCGCCUUCCCUGGAGAUUACAGCAUGGCCUCAGGAAGUUCUGCCUCUCACACUGUGCCUGUGUUGAACCUAUCGCAGUGCAGUCACGGCGAGCCGAAACCCGGUGAUUUGAUUGAGAUAUUCCGUGUGGCCUACAAGCACUGGGCUAUUUACGUGGGGAACGGCUACGUCAUCCACCUCGCCCCUCCAAGUGAGGUGUGUGACGCGGGGGCAGCAAGCCUGAUGUCCGUUUUCACCAAGAAGGCCUUUAUCCGUAAGGACCCCCUGAGCCUGGUGGUGGGCCACGACUGUUACCGGGUCAACAACGUGUUUGACGGGAAAAUGGACGUCCGGCCGAUCCAGGAGAUCCUCAAAGAAGCUGAGAGCAGGGUCGGCGACGAGGUCAACUACAGCGUCACCUCGGCCAACUGCGAGCAUUUUGUGACCGAUCUGCGUUACGGUGUGGCCCAGUCUGGCCAGGUGGACGAAGUGCUGUUUGCGACGAAAGCGGCCAUGGGGGUGUUAGCGCUGGGAGCUGUCGCUGGCCUCUGUUACCAAGUGGUGAAGCAGAAAGACAAACAUAAGGAGUGACCGAGUCUCCAGGAGGGUCCCAAUCGCCGAGAGGGUCCGAGGCUGGUGGCAGAAGCAGGCGCACGAUUUCAGGAGCUGGUGGGCUGGGUCUGGACAGACACACGGACAUCUACGGGGAAUCCAUCGAACCCUUAGGAAACCCCCACCCCCGUGGAAAUAAACCAUCUCUUGAACCAACCCUCAGCUAGAGGAGGGAGCGAGUGAGAUUAAACAUGAGGGUAUAGGGAGCCGGCGAGAGGCGGUGUGUGUCAGCCCCAGAGUUGUCUGUAACCGGGCUCUCUCACUUCUCCUCAAACCCCAGCGCAGCUCGAAUUCCUUGGAUCUCGUGGUUUAAUUCUACAAAUUGCAUUCUUUCUCUCUCUCUCUCAAUAAAGGGGCAGUGUGUUUGUCAA